UUGGCUCAAGCCUUUCUGGCUCCAGCUGUCUGGGUCGCCGCGGCAGCCAGACCGAGCCUCGGGGUCCCGUCCACCGCGCCCUGUCGACCGAUGGCGCCCGCUCGCAGGAGCCAGGCCGCUGGCCACGCGGCGCUGGGCGUCGCUCUCGCGGGCUGGGCCUACGCCGCGAGGUGCUUCGUCUCGCCAGGCGCUCGCAGCGCUGCGAGCCAGCAGUCCCUCCGCGGCGGCAUCGAGCUGCAGCGCUUUCCCGCGCCGCUCGAGGAGGGCGCCCAGGAGGCCUCCCGCCCGCUGGUCGGCCUGGCGGUCUGCGCCGCCACCCUCGGCCUGGCGGUGACGAUGGUGGCCAGCCCGGUGCGCGCGGAUGAUGAGGCCCAGGACAGCCAGAGCACCAUCGCGGGCAAGAUCUCCAGGAAGAAGAAGAAGCGCGAGGCACAAGUGAACGAGGCGAAGAAGGAGGAGAGGGUGGCGGCGGCGCCGGCGGCGGCGCAGGAGUCCGGCGGCGGCUUCAGCAUCUCCCUGCCGAGCUUCAGCAUCCCCAACAAUUUCGAGGCGGCCCCAAAGGCCGUGAAGCCCGCGGACUCCGAGGCCGCCCCCGUGAAGCCCUUCAAGGUCAGGGGGGACAAGGUCUACAUCAACCCCUCGGACGAGUUCGACCUCGACGAGGUCCCCCUGGGCGCCCCCAACCCGCCCUUGCUUGCCGCCUUCUUGUUCGGCCCCUCGUUCAUCUACCUGGCCUUCUGGGUCCUGGGCUCCCUGGAGAUCAUCUGAAGCGGCUUGCCGGCCGGGUGGCCUGUGGCAGCUGGUCCGUGCUAGUACCCCUCUUGGCGACCUGCACCUCGGCCCUCCCUCCUAUAUCACCGCGCUCGCCUGGCAAUCGGGUGUAUUUUUGUCCUGCCCCGCUGCUCUGCGAGCCGCCAUGGGCGCCUCCGCCUGCGCCACGGCGCGACGGCAAGUAUAUUUCAGCCUCCUCCACUCCUCCUGACUCCUGACAAGAGAACGAGGUAACCGACAGGUGACAGGCUAGUUGGAGAUCGUCAGGCUGGCCCAUCCUUCAGUUUCUCGGCCGCGGGUAUCGUCGUGCUUUCCGAGGCAGCCGGCCAACGGGCCACUACAUCUCGGAUCCGGCGCCCCGUGGGGAAGCAGCAAAAAAAACAAAAACAA